UUGAAAAUAUUUCUGAAAUACAAUAGUUUUAAUCAUAUGGUUAGAAAAUUAUGAUUAGAUAAUAAGCCAAAUACUUUAUUCAUUUUUCUUUAGUACGUCAACUGCACUGACCGAUACAAAUACGUUACUUUUUCACCGUUUUCAGAUACCUAUUUUAAAUUAAAGCGAAUAACGUUCAUUAGACAUGAUUACAUCAAAAAAACAUGAAAAUAAAUCAAACAAAUAUGUGGUAACUGAUGUUUCGAUUUCCAACAAGCCCGAUUUAAAAGGAGAUUGGUUGAACAUUUUCAUAUUACUAUUACUGUAUACUUUACAAGGAUUACAACUAGGCUUAACUAGUGCUAUACCGAUAAUUUUACAAAGUAAUAAAAAUGUUUCUUACCAAGAUCAGGCUGUAUUUAGUCUAGUGAUGUGGCCAUACACUUUGAAACUAUUGUGGGCUCCCUUAGUAGAUGCACUAUACGUAAAAAAAAUAGGAAGACGAAAGACUUGGCUCAUACCAGUGCAAUAUAUAAUGGGAUCAUUCUUCCUUUACAUAGCCAACGACAUCAAUAGCUUAUUGCCCGAAACCGGAAAACCAAAUAUAGAGAAACUGGUGUACGUAUUUUUCUUUGCUACUUUCCUGGUGGCCACGCAAGAUAUAAUAGUUGACGGUUGGGCACUUACAAUGCUAAAAAAGAACAACGUGGGAUACGCGUCCAUGUGCAAUACAACGGGCUUGGCGACCGGUUCGAUGAUAGGUUCUGUUUGGUUCACCCUAUUAACGUCUAAAGACUUUUGCAAUAAAUACAUACGGACUACGCCUGCUACAGAAGGAAUAGUUACCAUGGAACAAUUAUUAUAUGUUUGGAGCGUUGUAUUUAUGUUUAUCACAACAUUGAUUGCUAUAUUCAAAAAAGAAAAGGAUUGUUCAUUAGAAGAUAACCAUAUGAAGCUCAACACUUUUCAAAACUAUCGCCUACUAUGGGACAUUUUAAAACUACCUAGUAUCCAGAUGUUUGCGAUAGCAUUGUUGACAGUGAAG